UAGGGCCCACAUUGACAAGCUCAUGGGCCACUAUCAUAAACUUAAGGCCAUGGAUAUGGACCUUGGUGAGGAUUACAUGGUGUGGUUGGUGAUGGAGAACAUUCCAUCUCAGUUUGAUGCGAUCAGAUCAAGCUAUAAUGCUCAGAAAGAGCAAUGGACUGUUGGGGAGAUGUCUGCUAUUCUUGCCAAGGAAGAGGAGGACAUGAGAAAAGGUAGGGCAAGAAGUAUCUCCAUGGUGACGAACCCAAACAAUCCUCACAAGAGAAAGUUCACUUCCAACAACUCUAGUGACCAAAAGCAUCCUAAGAAGAAAGCCAACCAUCCUAAGGGAAAUGGGCAAGCUAGCUCAUCUUCAACUGGUCAUAAGAAUGAGUUUUUCAAAGGGAAGUGCAACUUUUGUCAAUGCUUUGGGCAUAAGAAAGCUGAUUGUCGAAAGCUCAAAGCUCACUUAGAGAAGAAAGGCAGUGACAAACCGAAGAAGACCGAGUAGGUUGGAGGAGCAUGUAUACAUGGGAGACGAUACUAAAGUCAGAGUUGAAUUUUUUGGGACUGUUAGACUGCAGCUAAAUACUGGGCAUUUUUUGGAGUUGCAUGAUGUUGCUUAUUUACC